AUGCCGACUGGAUCUCGAGUGGGCGCGCAUUUUCUUUCUUCUGUUUUAAGAAUGCUUGAACCUAGAACUGAUGAUGAUUUUGUUGAUCGUCUACAUUAUUUAUAUACCCCAAUAAUGCUUUUAAUGUUUGCCCUACUUGCAUCAGCAAAAAAUUAUGCCGGGCAUCCAAUAGAGUGUUUUGUGCCAGCCUAUUUUACGCGUGCUAUGGAACAGUACAGUGAAAAUUAUUGUUAUGUUCAAAAUACUUAUUGGGUGCCCUUUCAGGAACAUAUCCCUCACAGGCUUGAUGAACGAGAAAAGUAA